AUGACUCGCUUAUGCUCCAUCCCCGCGCAGGCGCGGCAAACAACGCCUUCAAGGCUCCAAUCCCUUAGCCCAAGAGCCCGGUUCACGACCUCAGCACGCAGCGCCGACAACUAUGCAGCUACACUGCCGAAUCUCAAGAUCGGGGCUCAUACGCAUGUGUUAUUCCAGGGCUUUCCUGGUAAACAGUCGACUGCUAAUGUGAGAGAAUCUUUGGCUUGGGGGACGAAGGUCGUCGGAGGCGUGAAGCAGAAUGCUAGGGGGGAGAACCUGGGUCUUCCGGUGUUUCGGUCUGUUAGAGAGGCACAGAAGAAUGUGAGGGUGGAUGCGUCCGCCGUUUACGUGCCUGGUGGUUCAGCUGCCGCGGCUAUCGAGGAGGCCAUUGAGGCGGAGGUGCCGCUGGUUGUGGCUGUAGCAGAGCAUGUUCCGAUUCACGAUAUGCUACGUGUGCACUCGAUGCUCAAAACUCAGUCGAAGACAAGGUUGGUCGGGGCCAACUGCCCGGGUAUCAUCUCGGUGACAGGAAAAUGCCGCAUUGGAUUCCAGCCCUUGCCAUGCUUCACGCCAGGUAAGAUUGGCAUCGUAGCCAAGUCGGGUACCUUGAGUUAUGAGGCUGCUGCAUCUACGACCCGUGCGGGCUUGGGCCAGACUCUGUGUAUUAGCAUGGGAGGGGAUGUGCUGGCUGGGACGAACUUUGUCGACGCUCUGAGGACCUUCGAAAGUGACCCCGAGACCGAAGGUAUUGUCCUGGUCGGAGAGAUUGGGGGGACGGCCGAGAUGGAUGCUGCCGACUGGAUCCGAGAUUAUUACCGGAGGACCGCCAAUCCCAAACCCAUCAUGGCUCUGGUCGGAGGUCAGCAUGCGCCCGCAGGACGCGUGAUGGGCCAUGCCGGUGCCUGGACUGCUUCUGGAGAGCCGGACGCCAAAGCCAAGUAUCAGGCGCUCGAAAGUGCCGGUGCAGUCAUGGUGAACCACCCGGAGAAAUUCGGGGAGGGUAUGAAGACUCUCCUGAAGAGUCGAGGGCUAGCCCGUAAUGCCAAUUUCGCCAGAGGCAUGAGCCAACAAAGAGGCUUCCACACAAUGAGAAGAGCUACGCUGGACGUCAGCCACAAAGCGCCACAACAGCAAACCCGGAACCUCUACGUGAAACCGUUUCAGGCGCUCGACAUGCUCCGAGCGAAGUCCGUUGCGGUCAACGAGACUGCUUCAUCGGAUGCAGACUUCUUCCUGACCCUGACCGUUGAUAGAACCGCGCUGUCUCCAUGCAUCCUUGCAUCGUCGACCGCCGCCUUCAGCCCCGAACACACCGGUCGCUUUCCGUUUCCUUACGAGACCCCGGAUUUCGAGAGCACAAGUCCGCUCAUCAAGGCUGUCGCCUCCCACCUGCAGCUUCCAACCGAGUCGCAAGAGAGAUUGGCCGAGCUCAUCCAGGCGCUCUGGCAGAUUUUCACGGAGAAGGAGGCAUACCUCCUGGAAGUCCGAGCGAAUGCUACGGAUACCUUGGAAGUGCGUGAAGCACGGUUUGGAUUCGACGAUGCUGCCUUCCGAAGUUCAGGCCGCCAGGAAGAUAUUCAGAGCCUGAGAAACCCAGCCGAGGAGGUGCCGGAAGAGGUCCUAGCUGAGAAAAACGGUAUCGUCUACGUCAAGUUGGAUGGAGAGGGAAGUGUAGGCACACUAGUCAAUGGCGCUGGGCUGGCCAUGAACACGGUGGACGCGCUGACGAUGCAUGGCGGCCACUGCGCCAAUUUCCUGGACACAGGGGGCAAGGCGACGUCGGCCACGGUGAAGGCGUCGUUUCAGAUCAUCCUGUCGGACGCGCGAGUCAAGGCCAUCUUUGUGAACAUCUUUGGGGGACUGACGCGGUGCGAUAUGAUCGCGGAGGGGAUUCUGCUGGCGUUCCAGGAUCUGGACGUUCGCAUUCCCUUAGUGGUGCGGCUGCGGGGGACCAACGAGAAAGAAGGCCAACGAAUGAUCGCGGAGAGUGGACUCCCGCUGGAGGCAUUUGACGAGUUCGAGGCCGCGGCGAAGAGGGUGAUAGAACUGGCAAAGCAACGAUAAACAAGAUCAUGCCAUAGUACGCAUCACAUAAAUAUAGAUCUCC